GCACCUGUCAUACUCAUUUUUCUGGUUGCUAACAAAACUGCAGUUUUGUUUUCCUUCACUUCAGAAGAUUUUUAUUAACAAAAGAAUAUCGAAAAAAAGUUAGUAACAAAUUGUUUUCAUCCAUAAAAAGGAAAGAAGUCACUCCAUCAUGGAUCCAGCACUACUUCGGGAACGCGAGGCGUUCAAAAAGAGGGCCAUGGCCACUCCAACAGUCGAAAAGAAAACCAAAGUGGAAAUAGCUGCACCACCGCCGAGAGAUGAUAAGAAGAAAAUGCGACCACCAAGUGUUCCAAAAUUGGAUUCUAGCACUUACAAAACUAUGUCUGGGAGUUCCCAGUAUCGUUUUGGUGUGUUGGCCAAAAUCGUGAAACACAUGAGAACCCGUCAUCAGGACGGUGAUGAUCAUCCACUGACAAUAGAGGAGAUUCUAGAUGAAACCAAUCAAUUGGAUAUUGGACAAUCUGUGAAGAAUUGGCUUGCAUCGGAAGCUCUUAUGAACAAUCCCAAAAUCGAAGUAUCACCCGACAAUUGUAGAUUCGCUUUUAAACCUGUUUACAAAAUCAAAGAUGGCAAGAGUCUUUUGCGAUUGCUGAAACAACAUGAUCUCAAGGGUUUAGGUGGUAUUCUACUGGAUGACGUUCAAGAAUCUUUGCCCCAUUGUGAGAAAGUAUUGAAAAAUCGAGCUUCUGAAAUCAUUUUCAUCAUCAGACCAAUUGACAAAAAGAAGAUUCUCUUCUACAACGACAGAACAGCCAAUUUUACGGUUGAUGAUGAUUUCCAAAAGUUAUGGCGUUCGGCAACUGUCGAUGCCAUGGAUGAUGCCAAAAUUGAUGAAUACCUUGAGAAACAAGGUAUUCGGUCAAUGCAAGACCAUGGUCCAAAGAAACCUGUUCCCAAGCGAAAGAAGAUGUCUAAUAAGAAAAGACAAUUCAAGAAACCAAGAGACAAUGAGCAUUUGGCUCAUGUUCUGGAGGUUUAUGAAGACAAUACGCUUACGCUCAAGGGCACCAAUCCUACAUAGAUUUAAGACUUAUUUUUUUGUUUUCUAGAAACUUAUAAUUUCUUUCUCAAUAAAUGUACCUUAUAAAUAAAAAA